CUUUUUUCACACUACUCUGGUUUGGUUAGUAAUAAAUGUUGUGGAAUUUUUUGGGAGAUUUUCCCACUCUGUUCAAGCACAUCUUUUCCCAAGCAUUUCUUCAUUGACUUGUUGAAACGCCUACCUUCGUUUACUUCUCUAACUCUUCACCAUCUUCCUAUUCUAGAAUCUACCAAAUUUUUAUUUCAUAUCUCAAAAAUCCUAGGUGCAACUAUCUUGAUCUUUGCUCAGCAAUUUCUUCGAUAAUCAUAGCAAAACACAGAAUUUCCUUUUCUUGUUUUCCAGAGAUAUAUAUCUAAAAGCGAGAAAGAAAAAUGGCUGAAACGUUCUUAACUCCGGUCAUUCAGAGUUUGAUUCAGCUACUUAGUGAUGAACUUAGAUCCUUACAGGGUAUUCAUAAAGAAGUCCAAAGCCUAAAAAAAGAACUGGAGAUUAUUCAGUCUCUUCUCAAAGAUGCAGAUGCAGUGAUAAACAAAGAAGGUUUGAUUAGUGAUGCUAUGAAAACUUGGAUGAAACAUCUGAGAGAAGUAGCUGAUCAUAUAGAUUAUGUUGUUGAUGAGUACCGGUGGCAUGUGGCGCAGGGCACUACUGACAAGCGUGGUUUCAUUGGCUUUUUCUGUAAAAUAGGUGGUCGAAUCAAAUCUUUAAAUUCACGUUGUCCUAUAUCUUCUCAAAUUCAAGAAAUUAACCAAUCUCUGCAGAGAAUCAAAGAAUCGAGCCAAGGAUUUGGACUGAGUUAAUCUUUACAAAGAGUAGAAUGUUCAAGUAGUAAAACAUCGUGCACGGAAGAGCAGGGCACACGACUUGGUUCUCAUUUUGUUGAGCAAGAUGACGAAUACUUGGAUGUUCCUUUGAUUCAGAGUCAAUUGAAAAGCUCUUUGGUGGAAGGAGUAUCAGCACGUAUGGUUAUAUCAUUGGUAGGCCAAGGAGGGAUUGGCAAAACUACUCUUGUUAAGAAAGUCUACGAUGAGGUGAAACAUAGAUUUGAUUGUCAUGCUUGGAUCACUGUGUCUCAAUCGUAUGAUAUGAAAAUUAUAUUGAGGAACGCGAUAAAACAGAUGGGCCCCAUAUCAGAGUGUACUACUUCACAUUAUGAUAUGAUGAUCCAAGAGUUAAUUACACCUCUCAGGCAACAUUUGCAGAAAAAAAGGUACGUAAUUAUUUUUGAUGAUGUUUGGGAUGCAAACUUUUGGGAAAUGAUGAAACAUGCUUUGUCUAGUAACAAUAAUGGUAGCAGGGUUAUUAUCACAACACGCAAUGAAGUAGUAGUUCCAUAUGAUUUUAUCCUUAGGUUGGAAACUUGGUCUUUUAACAUGGCUUAUGAGUUAUUUUGUAAAAAAAUAUUUCAACAUGAGUUUGAAGGUCGUUGCCCUGAAAAAUUAGAGAAAUUGUCUCAUGAGAUUGUCCAAAAAUGUCAAGGAUUGCCACUAGCUAUUGGGGUCAUAGCUGGUUUACUGUCAAGGAAAAGGAAGGUUCAAUUUGAAUGGCAAAAAGUGCUUGAUGACAUUAAUUUUAAAUUAAAAACAAAUCCUCAACUUGCAGGAAUUUACAAAAUUCUUUCACUCAGUUAUCAUGUCUUGCCUUAUCACCUUAAACUUUGCUUAUUGUAUUUUGGCAUGUUUCCUGAAGAUUUUUUAAUUUGGGAUUUCAUGUUAUAUCAAUUAUGGAAUUCUGAGGGUUUUGUUCAAGUAAGGGAAGGCAAAUCAUUGAUGGAAGAGAGUAAAGGAUACUUGAAUGAGCUUGUGGAAAGAAGCUUAGUUUCAUUUGAAAUUGAUGGACUGCAUAAAAGGUACAAAGUGCAUGACUUGAUGCAUGAGUUCAUCACAUCAAUGUCAAAUGAUUUAUGUUUUUCUCAAAUUUUGAGCAAAAGGAAAUCUGAAUUUGGGGAAUACAGACAUCGGCGCUUGUCAAUCCACGGAAGUUUGCCAGAAUCUGUUGUGAAAACAAUGCAACAAUGUACAACUAUUCGCUCAAUUUUAUUUGUAAACUUCAAUGAUGAUGAACAUUUAAUUAUUAAUAGGACCUUUCUGAUGGCUUUGUUUAAAAAGUUGAAGCUUUUGAAAGUUUUGGACUUUGAAGAUGCACUUCUUGAAUAUCUUCCAAAAGAAGUGGGAAAUUUGUUCCACCUGAGGUACUUGAAUUUGAAAGGUACAAAUAUUAAAAUUCUUCCCGAGUCUAUUGGUAGGCUUCACAAUCUACAACAUUUGAAUCUGGAGAGCACCCAAGUGUAUAAGCUUCCAAAAUCCAUCGGCAAGCUUUAUAAUCUUUAUACUUUGAAUCUCAUGUAUACAUUAGUACGGGAGUUGCCAAUGGAGAUAAAUAAGCUUUGCAAUCUCCGACACAUUCUUGCUUGGACUAAAGAAGAGUUAGGGUUGAAUAUACAAGAAGGUUUCAGACAUUUGGAGAAUUUAGAAACACUACUUCGUGUGGAAAUGCCUCAGGACGUUAUUGGUUUCACAAAGGAGGUGGAGAGUUUGAGUAAUUUGAAGAGUUUGGGCAUUUCCAAACUGAGUAAAGAAACUUCUAGUGUUAUUUGUAUGAUCGUUAAAAAGCUGAAUCGCCUUAGACAUUUGCUUUUGCAUACUAGCGAUGUUGAUGAGAUUCUAGAUCUGGAAUUGAUUUCAUCAUCUUCUCCUCCUCUGUUGCUUUCACUUUCCUUGUACGGUCGAUUAAACAAAUUCCCUUGCUGGAUUUCAGAGCUCGCCAAUUUGGAGGUACUGGUAUUAAGUUUUUCAAAAUUGUCAGAGAAUCCACUAAAAUAUCUCAAGGACUUGCCUAAUCUGAUGAGUCUUCGAAUGUAUGACAACUCAUAUGAAGGAGAGCAUCUACACUUUGAGGAAGGUAGCUUUUCAAAGCUCAUCGAGCUCCACUUAUCACACUUGCAAGAGUUGAAGUUGAUAAGGAUAGAUAGAGGAACAUUGCCUGUCCUUAGAAAACUAAUUAUUCAAUCUUGCUCCCAGUUGGAGGAGGUUCCCUGUGGCAUCAAGGACCUAACAAUGCUAAAAAGACUUUGCAUUUGGGACAUGCCCAAAUAAUUUCUUGAUAGAGUGCAGUCAAGUGGAUACUCAAAUUGUUCCAAAAUUCAACAUUUUCCUGUAAUAGAUAUUAGAAGAAUGAUGAAAUAUCCUAAAAGAAGUCAGUGCAUACAUGUGAGGUAGUUUAGUUAAUACAAUUUGGAGCUUAUUCCGCAACCAUGAAUUUUUGAGCAUCUAUGAAUGAUUUAUUAUUUCAUAUCUGCCUUGGUGGUUUAACUUCAGGUGGCCCUGUCUCGAAUGCCCCCUUUGUGAGAAAUUCUGAUACUUAUUUUGGGAUCCGCAAUUGGGUCGUCAGGAUUAUAACAUCCUUCAUUCUUGCUUGCUUUCAUUAUCUCUCAAGGGUCAGCUGAGUUUCACUUACGGAGAUUGAUUUGAGUUGAAUUUUCAUCACUUUUCUUGUUGGGAUUUGCAUCUAGGAAUUGAUGGUUUUGUUGUGUCUUUUUCCAUUAAAUUAUAUCAUUCUAUUGUUCUA